AUGAACUCUUCAGCACAGUUUUCCCUGCACAAAUACCUAGGAGCUUCUUCUAAAAAGCAAACAGAAAAUCACCUCGGUCACCUGAAGACCACGCAGUGCUUCACAGGAAAGAUUUGCCACCUGAUAAAAAUAUCUUAUUUGAUACUUGACCUAAUUCACGCCUGCCCCAAGCAGUUAAAAUUCAAUGCCUUUGCUCUUCUUUGGUGCGACAACGGCUCCCUCCACCUUGGAGGGAUGCGUUGGGCAACCCGCAGCUUCCAGGAGAGCUCGCAUUCAGGAUGGCGGCCGCCCUGCCCGGGCCAUCCCACCUACUUUUUGGCUUACUCAGUGGUCAAAGGGCUGGCUGAAGACACAAGAAACGUCUGUCACGGGUCUAAGCAUCCCCUAGUGACGAGGUUUGGGGAAUAUGCCCAAGGUGGGCUACGAGUUGCCCGGGUUAAGGAGUGCUUGCUGGGGCAGAGGUGGCAUUGGGGCGGAGGCGGCGUGGGGGUGGCUGCAGGGACGCUGGCCUCUGUGGGAGAGGAUGUGGGGUGCAUGGAGAAAGCAGUUUUCCCUAAUGGAAAGGUUGCUAUAGUGACUGGAGGUGCUAAAGGAAUCGGUUACCAAACGGUGAAGCAUUUGGCAAGACUUGGCAUGCACGUUAUAAUAGCUGGAAACAGUGAGAGAGAUGGCCAAGAAGCAGUGAGGAAAAUACAAGAAGAAACUUUGACUGGAAAAGUGGAGUUUUUAUACUGUGAUUUGGCUUCCAUGAAGUCUAUACGGCAAUUUGUGCAGCGAUUUAAAGCAAAGAAUUGUCCACUCCAUGUCCUGGUGAAUAAUGCUGGGGUGAUGCUGGUCCCUGAAAAGAAGACAGAGGAUGGGUUUGAGGAGCACUUCGGCUUGAACUACUUGGGACACUUCCUGUUGACUAACCUCCUCUUGGAUACGCUGAAGCAAUCAGGAACGCACAGUCACAACGCUAGGAUCAUCACUGUCUCAUCAGCCACCCAUUAUGUAGGCAAAUUGCACCUGAAUGACUUACAAAGCAGAUGUUCUUAUUCACCCCAUGGAGCCUAUGCCCAAAGCAAACUUGCCCUUGUGUUAUUUACCUAUCGACUACAGCAUCUUCUGACUGCAAAUGGAAGCCAUGUGACUGCUAAUGUAGUAGACCCUGGAGUAGUGAAUACUGAGCUCUACAAGCAUGUCUUCUGGGUUGUAAAACUGGCCAAAUGGAUGACAGCCUGGCUAUUUUUCAAG